UCUGGGAUGGUUCUGGGAAAGGCCUGGGGUACCAGAGCCAGCUAAGGCAGGUCUCCCACCCCUUACCCUGGGGGUCUCCAUGGGAAUGAGAGCCAGGAAUUCAGGAAUUCAUCACCCAGCUCGGUCGAGGGGGCGGGACCCAGUGCAGCCUGGCCCCUCCCUGAAUCAAGACCUCAAAUACUGGCGGCCCCUGCCCUGGUGCCAGAGCUGCUGCCAGAUAGAUAGAGUCAGCGCAGUCCUGUGUCGGGUGUGCCCCCAGCCUAGACCAGGAUCUCCAUUCCUCCAGGACCCCUGAGCCUUGGGCCGCAGCGCCCACAUCCCAGGCGGCCGCGUCUGUCCCUCCCCGCCCCGCACUCCCCUCCAUGGGCUGGCCCCGGGCUCUUCUGGCCACGCUCUGGGCGCUGGAAGCCGCCGGGGCCGCCACGCUGCGCAUCGGAGCCUUCAACAUCCAGAGCUUCGGGGACAGCAAAGUGUCGGAUCCGGAUUGCGGCAGCAUUAUCGCGAAGAUCCUGGCUGGCUAUGACCUCGCGCUGGUGCAGGAGGUUCGAGACCCGGACCUUAGCGCCGUGUCCGCGCUCAUGGAGCUGAUCAACAGCGUGUCCGAGCACGAGUACAGCUUUGUAAGCAGCCAGCCCCUGGGCCGGGACCAGUACAAGGAGAUGUACCUGUUCGUGUACAGGAAGGACGCUGUAUCGGUCGUGGACACCUACCAGUACCCGGACCCGGAGGACGCAUUCAGCCGCGAGCCCUUCGUCGUCAAGUUCGCCGCCGCGGGCCUAGGUGAGCGCGCCCCGCCCCUCCCCUUCCGCCGGCCCCACCCCUCCCCUCCUGCCCCCCUGACGCCCCCGCCCCUUCCCGCAGCUGCGCGGGACUUGGUGCUGAUCCCCCUGCACGCGGCGCCUCACCAAGCGGUGGCGGAGAUCGAUGCGCUCUACGACGUGUACCUGGACGUGAUUGACAAGUGGGGCACGGACGACUUGCUGUUCCUUGGCGACUUCAACGCGGACUGCAGCUACGUGCGGGCACAGGACUGGGCCGCCAUCCGUCUGAGGAGCAGUGAGAUCUUCAAGUGGCUCAUCCCCGACAGCGCCGACACCACAGUGGGCAAUUCGGACUGCGCCUACGACCGCAUCGUGGCCUGCGGCGCCCGCCUGCGCCGGAGCCUGAAGCCCCAGUCCGCCACCGUGCACGACUUCCAGAGGGAAUUCCACCUGGACCAGGCUCAGGCUCUCGCCAUAAGCGACCACUUUCCGGUAGAGGUGACCCUCAAGUCUCACCGAUGACCUGAGGCCUGGCUGGGAUAUGCCACCUGCAGACCCUGGCUUUGAGGAAUGGCCCCAUAGCGGUCCCUUCAGCAUGGCAGCCACCCCUCAGUGAGGCCCCAAGGCAAGGUCUGUGGGGCAUGGACCAGGGGCCAUGGACACAUGACCAGCUGCUCCGAGCCUCCGUUCCCCAUCUGUGAGAUGAGCUGCAUCCACCGACCUCAUGGGGUGUUGUGAGGAGCCCCACAAGGGGUGC